AUGGAGGAUUCUUCUGAGGUUCUUGGAUCAAAAGGGUUAAUUAAAAAACAAGAAUUUGUUAGAAUCAUACUCCAGUGUCUAUAUUCAUUAGGUUACACAAAGUCUGCAUCUUGUUUGGAAUUGGAAUCUGGGGUUUCGAAUAAAUCCAAGGAAUUUCAGUUACUUGAAUCUCAUGUCUUGGAUGGAAAUUGGGAUGAAUGUGCUGGUUUUCUUGAUUCUAUUAGGGAUAUGUUAGGUGAAUCAGUAGAGCCUGCUUUGUUUCUUGUCUUUAGACAGUGUGUUUUGGAGUAUUUGAAAAGGGGUGAGGUUACUCUGGCUUUGGAUGUGUUGAGGAAACGGGUUUCUGGGCUGCGGGUGGACCGGCGCAAAAUUCAUGGUUUGGCUAAUACUGUGAUGGGUUUUAAUGAUAUGGAGUUAGCUGUUGUGGAUGAUGGUGAUGUUGGUUGUGAUUUACGAAGGAGGUUGUUGGCGGAUUUGGAGAAGAUGUUGCCGCCGCCUGUUUCAAUACCAGGUGGAAGGUUGGAGCAUUUGGUUGAAACUACUGUUACUGCUUGGGUUGAUUCUUGCUUAUUUCAUACUUCAUCGAACCCUGUUUCGCUUUAUGAGGAUCAUCGUUGCGGUAGAGAACAGUUUCCUACUAUAACCACUCAGAUAUUAACUGGACAUAAAAAUGAAGUUUGGUUUGUUCAGUUUUCUAACAACGGGGAAUAUCUAGCUUCUUCUUCAAACGAUUGUACAGCUAUCAUAUGGAAGGUGCAAGAAAAUGGGAAAUUGACAUUGAAACACACACUCAGUGGUCACCUACGAGCUGUAUCUUUUGUGGCAUGGAGUCCCGAUGAUACCAAGUUGCUGACUUGUGGUAACAUUGAAGUUUUGAAGCUGUGGGAUGUUGAAACAGGUACAUGCAAGCAUACAUUUGGGACUGAUGGCUUUGUUGUCAGCUCAUGUGCCUGGUUUCCCAGCUCAAUGCAAUUUGUGUGUGGCAGUUUUGACCCUGAAAAGGGCAUCUGCAUGUGGGAUUGUGAUGGAAAUGAGCUAAGAGCUUGGAGAGGAAUGAGGAUGCCCAAAGUUGUUGACCUUACCGUUACUCCAGAUGGCGAGUAUCUUAUUAGCAUAUUCUUGGAUAAAGAAAUUCGGAUUUUACAUUUGGAAACCAAUGCAGAAAGAGUCAUUUCAGAAAUGCACCCUAUCACAUCCAUUUCAGUUUCUGCAGAUGGUAAGUUCUUCAUUGUCAAUCUAAACAGCCAGGAGAUCCAUAUGUGGGACGUAGCUGGUACAUGGAAGAAGCCAAUGAAGUAUACAGGUCACAAGCAGUGCAAAUAUGUGAUUAGAUCGUGUUUUGGCGGAUUGAAUAGCACAUUUAUUGCAAGUGGUAGUGAAAAUUCAGAGGUAUACAUUUGGAAUACUCGGAAUUCGAAGCCAAUAGAGGUUUUAUCUGGGCACACCCUGACUGUAAAUUGUGUGAGCUGGAAUCCUAAGAGGCCACAAAUGUUAGCAUCUGCAAGUGAUGAUCAUACAAUUCGUAUAUGGGGACCGAACUUAUGA